GCACCGAACGGACGCGGACGAAGAGCGUUUACGUACAGUGGAAGUGACUGUGCAAAAUAACAAACAAACGGAGGAAAAAACUGCUUAGUUCAACCAAAACGAAAAACAAAAAAAAAGAGAAAAACAACAGAGCAGAGCAGCGGCCAAAUUAGCUGGAGGCAGCAACAAAUUUAUUAUAUGUACAAAAGUGCCACAAUAGUGAAACACACGCACACGCAUACCAAAUCGCUCAUAUGCUCUCACCUACAGAUGUGUGUGUGUGUGUGUGUAUGUAUGUAUAAAUGUAUGUAGGCGGCGCUGUUGCUGGUAAAAUUCCACUGUGAAAGGAAGUUAUUGUUGCUGUUGCUGCUGCUGCUGCUGCUGGGUGUCGUGUAUUAAUAAAACAAAUAAAAGUUUAUACAAAAUUUUAUAAAAGCUGAAAACGUGUAAACGGUCCCCCGAAUCGAGUGCGCCGAGCGCCGAGCAGCAGUAAUCACGUUUUUCGACAUUUAUUCAUUGUUGCCUUUUUGUUCACAUCGUCGCGAGUGAGAGACAGAGAGAGACAGAGAGAGAGAGAGGCCACAGUGGAUGCUCCAACAAGUGCACUUUUAAUUGCUGCCCCCCACCAAAAAUAGAUGUAGAGCUGCUGCCAAGUACAACAAGGAGAAAAUAGCUUUAUCGCCGCUUCGUUAUCGCCUGGCCAGCGUACACGCAUACGCACACAGAAAGACACGAGCAAACAAAAGGCUAACCUAACUGCUGAUAAGACCCUGACAGCCACAGUCCAAUCCGUACCGUACCGUACCCUAAGCUGGCCAGACUUAUCGGUAUAAUUCCAUUCGUUCCAACAUAAAUAAAUACAUAGCUCGGGAAUGUUAUGCUAUAUCUAAGACAGCAACAACGCAGCGUGUUCGGCAAGUGCAACGAGUAUUGGAUAUUAUUCAUCGAGAGAAGUGCAACAAAAGUGUGAUACCAAAUUGUACCUAAAUAACAGUAACAACAGUAACAACCCGACCCGCAACGGCCAUCCUUGUGUAACAAACCACCCGAAGGAGCGACAGAGAGACACAGAGAGAAAGAGAGUGAGAGCUUUGCUUCGCCGUAGAUCUAAAUUUGCCGUCGGUGUUCGUGUUCGUCUUCGCCUUCGCCUUCGCCUUCGCCUUCGCCGCCACCCGUCGACAACCUGUUUGCUCAGCCAUAAUUCGCCCUCCCCCCGGCAUUUAUCUUGGAAUUCGUACAAUUAUUUCUGCAUUGACGUAAGGAGCGCACCCCACCUUCCACCAUUCCACCGCAACUGCAAGCCACGUUGACGCAGCAGCAGUCGCAGCAGCAGUCCAGGACAGCAGAGCAACCAGACACAGCCGGAGCAGAGGGCGCAACAGCAGGAGGGACCGGGAGUCGCCACAGCAGCAUGGAACCCUUUUGGAACGAAUCGAACGGACAUGCCGCACAUCCGGUGAAGUAUGAGAGCGAAGCAGCUGUCUCCAGUUUUCCCUAUUGCACAGAAUCUAGCUUAAAUUUUUCCACCUCUGCGACGGCAUACAGCGAGGACGAUGCUGAAUAUGCCACAGGAAGACGUAAUAAAACAUCGAGGCAAGACCCCCUAUCGCACCGGAUCAUCGAGAAGCGGCGCCGGGAUCGCAUGAACUCCUGCCUGGCGGAUCUCUCGCGCCUCAUCCCGCCCCAGUACCAGCGCAAGGGCCGUGGCCGCAUCGAGAAGACGGAGAUCAUCGAGAUGGCCAUCAGACACCUGAAGCACCUGCAGAGCGAGUGCCUGCAGAAGGAGAGCGACUACCGCAGCGGGUACAUGGACUGCAUGAAGGAGGCGGCCAAGUUCCUCUACGACGUCCAUAUGCAGGACUUUUGCCACCGCCUGUUGGGCCGUCUGCAGGAGCACAUCGAUGACAUGUUCAAAACCGAGUGCUACAAGUCCUCGCGGACCUGCCACAUGCCGGACAAUGUGAGCGCCUCCAGCGGCAGCCCGCACCAGGCCUACCAUCCGCCGCUGUGCCACCUGCGGGACAUGCUGGGGGCCUCGGACGUGGAGCACAGCCAGGACCACAACGAUGUCAAGGACCUGAGCUUCCGCAAUCAUCUCAACCAGCUGCAUCGGAACCAGCAGGCAGUCGCCGCUGCUGCCGCCGUGGCUGCCAAUGGCAGCGGGAGCUCCUCCAGCUCCACCACCCUCGAGGCCGCCAACAAGCUGCCCCUGACCAAUGGGAAUGGCAACGCCACUGGCGACAAUGUUCCCACCAAUUCCACGGGCCCUCUGCCCGCUGCUGGCAGCAGCAAUGCGGCCAGCUCCACCACCUGCCCCAGCACGGUCACCUGCCCAGCGAUCACAUCCGCGUCGGUGGCUCAGAAGGUGGCGCCGCCCAUGGCCGCCCACCAGCAGCAGCAGCAGCUGCCACACCAGGCGGCAGUGAUCACGUGGACGGCCCCGCACCACCACACGGACAGCAGCCACCACGACUUUGACUCGUCGCGGGAGCCCAUCCUCCACACGGACACCUCCAACAUGCACUCGCCGCCGCCGCGGGACAUGCUGCUGCAGCAGCAUCCGCAUCUGGGGCACAACCACACCCAGGACAGCCUGAUGUCGGUGCGCAUGCGCAACUACUCGGAGUCCUCGCACGAGGUGGAGCACAACAACAACUACAAGUACAAGAACCACAUCAAGGAGCGCUUCGUCCACGAGCUGCACGACGAGGAGACGAGCAGCGAACACUGCGCGGUGGCGUCCCAUCUCCAGAGCGACCACUCGCACAUGCAGGCCCACUCCGACCACUCCAAGGACGGCACCGAGCCGGAGAUAGCCCCCAUCAUGGCCAAGAAGCGCAAGAUGGCCGAGGCAGCAGCGGCGGCGGCGGCAGUGGCCAAUGGGGAGCACCCCCUGGAUGUGCACUGCGAGGCCAGCAGCCCGAAUCCGCCCCGCCAGCUGCUGAUGCUGCGCGAGGACACCAAGUCCUCGCCCUCGUUCAACUUCAGCGACAUCAAGGACAUCAAGUCGGAGCUGCACAACAGCAACUCCAACUCCAGUCCGCUGCUGGCCAAGCUCAACGCGGCCGCUGCCGCCGGAGCCCAGCUGAGCACUCCCAGCAGCACCACCACCUCGCUGGCGCCCCGACACUCCUUCACCGUGCCCAUCUUCGCCCUGCACGGCCAGGGCAACUACUACGUGCCCCUCAAUGUCGACUACAACGCCCUGGUGCCGUUCCUCAACGGCAUGGACCUGCUGGAGAAGAGCUACUCGAGCAUGCCGGUGGUGCAUCCCAUCAACAUCAAUGUCAACUUCAUGCCCAGCUCUCCGUCGGCCUCCCUGCUGGCCGCCGCUGCAGCCGCUGCCGCCGUUGCAGCUGGCAAGCAACAGCAGGCCGCAGUGGCCGCAGCUGCCGCCUCCGCAUCCGCCGGUGGUCCCCUGUCCUCCGUGGUGGGGGCCAAUUCGGCGGCUGCCCAGGUGGCGGCUGUGGCCGCCGCGGCCGUGGCCAAGGCCAAGCUGGAGCAGGCGAUGAACAGCAGCUGGUAAGGAGGCAGCAGAUGGAGCAGCAGAUAGAACAACUACCUCAGAACUUCUGUGAAUAAUCAUCAAAUGAUUAAUCUCAACUCAAAAACCAAGCGACAUCUGCGUCAUGGAGGUGAGAUGAGAUGAGAUGAGAGGAGAGGAGGGAGGAUAGAGGAUAAUUUUGGAUUAGAUCGGAACAGCCUCAAAGGCUGGAUGGUCGGGAGCCUAGACAAGAUCGGAAAGUAGAUGUUUAGAGGAAGAAAUUAGAGGAAAAUAGUUUUGCUAGCCAACUAUUUUGAACAAAGCUAACAAGCAACAAAAAAUUCACCAUAAAUCAAUGUCUAUUAUAAAGCAUAGAAAUGUAAAAUAAAUAUGCAAAAUGUA